GAGUGCGCGGGGCGCGGCUGCCGGUUGGGCGUCGUCCUCACGCAGCGCUGUGUGCGGUGCUGAGCCCCCUCCCUCCCUGGGCAGCACAGAGUCACGAAUAAAAAUCUUUUUGUUGGAGUGAAGUGAUGCCCACACGCCCCAGCAGCGAAGGCACGAGGCUGUGGUCAGAAAUCAGUCUACCCAGGAACGUGUUACUGGAACAGCAGAGGCAAAAAUAAGGAAGAUUUCUUCUCUCAAACCAAAGACUUGCCAUGUCUUACCAUAACAAUGAAGCCUUUGAAAAUCCAGACUACCAUUUUUCAGAGACACUGGAAGUUGAUAGAAGCAGGAACUCUCAAGGGAAUCUGUUCUCUCACCAAAACCCCUAUGAUUCUUUGUCGGAUAGUUACCAAGGAGAGCACAGUGGAAGAAGACAAAAUUAUCCUCCAGCCAUACCAAUGGCUUCUCUGAGACACAACUCUGAAUACAGUGAAAGUUUACCAAGAGUUGAAGUCCUGAGCAGAAGUACAUAUGGACGAUUCCAGGAUAAUCUUUCCUUUGAGCCUGAGCCACAACUGGCAUACAGCCCACGUUCUGCCUUCAGUCCUCUGGAUGACCCCUAUACUCACAGAUUUUCUGGCGCAUCAGAAGCUAACUUUGUUCGGAGACGCAACAGAAGACCAUCUAAUAUCGGGACAUUUUCAGCCCUGUCUCAAGCAACUCCAGUGUGCAGAGAAGAUGAAAAAUUAGUUGAAAGUCUUGCAAGCAUGUCCAAGCGUGAAAGGAUUAAAGCAAUCCAGAAAAUGCCAAAAACCAUGGAAAGAAAGAGGGAGAUCAGGAAUAAAGUUCUUAAAGAAAUAACAAAAAAAUCAAGGGGCCGCGGUACUCAAUGUGGCUGCUGUACGCAGUGUCUGCGCAGAGCAAAAGUGUCAUUUCGGCGAUUUAGAAAUAGCUUGUCAGAAUAUUUUCACCGACUGAAUUUCUGGCACAAGACUCUGAAGAUCAUUGGUGGAGAGUUUGGAACAAGUGUUCUUUCUUAUUUUGUUUUCUUGAAGUGGCUGCUGAAUUUCAACAUCUUCUCGUUCCUCAUAAACUUUGGUUUCAUCACAAUCCCUCAGUUUGUUGCAGCAGAACCAAAUAACCUUUCCUUCACGGGUCUGGAGCUGCUCACUGGAGCUGGUUAUUUUCAACAAACAGUACUCUACUAUGGCUUUUACACCAACGCAACAAUCAGUACAGUGAAGAAUGGUGCAUCUUAUAACAUGCAGCUGGCCUAUAUUUUCACUGUUGGAAUAUAUUUUGUCAUCUGUUUGCUUAUCUUGUUGUUCAGCAUGGCAAAAUCCUUCUGCAGAAACUUUAUUAACCCUCAGACAUACUCUGGAAAUGCUGGCAAACUUCUCUGCACUUGGGACUUCAAUAUAACUAAUGAAAAAGCUGUGAAGUUGAAACAAAAGAAUCUCAGAACACAGAUAAAGGAAGACCUCGCUGAAUUAAACAAAGAAGCUCUAAAUUUUUCUGUAACAGAGAGAAUUGUUCGUAUUCUUAUCCAUCUUGGGUCAUGGGCUGCCUCCCUGGGAACAGCAGUAGCUGCUUGUGCUGGUAUUUACUUCCUCUCCAUUAAUAAUCUAGAGCUGUUUAUGAAAGGGCAUAAAAAUGACCUGGAGAGCCAAGCUGCCAUGUUGGUGCUACCCAUUAUCACAUCCCUCCUCAAUGUGUUCAUCCCAUUCUUCUACUCGUGGCUUGGAAACCUGGAGAAAUUUCAGAAUCCCAAAAGCAAGAUAUAUGUCACUAUUGCCAGAAAUAUAAUCCUGAAAAUAUCAAUUAUUGGAAUACUGUGCUACUACUGGCUUAAUGUUGUGGCUGCCUCAGAGUCACAGUGCUGGGAAACACUGAUUGGCCAAGAUAUCUAUCGUCUUGUUCUGGUUGACUUCAUAUUUUGUUUGCUUGGCUCAUUCUUUGGAGAAUUUUUACGAAGAAUUAUUGGAACUACAGUCUGUGUAAGACUGGGGGUGCCAGAGUUUGACAUUGGACGAAGUGUUUUAGAUUUGAUCUAUGCACAGACCUUGACCUGGAUCGGUAUUCUCUUCUCACCUCUGCUGCCUGGUAUCCAGAUGAUGGCAUUUUCUAUAGUAUUUUAUGUGAAAAAGGUCAGCCUGAUGAGGAAUUGCCAACCUCCUCGCAAGGCCUGGAGAGCUGCUCAAAUGACAACAUUCUUCAUGUUCCUUCUGUUUUUCCCUUCCCUCGUUGGAGUCCUGUCUGUCAUUGCAGUCACUGUGUGGAGGUUAAAACCUUCAAAUGAAUGUGGUCCUUUCCGAGGUUUGCCUUCUAUGUACGCAGCGGUCUCUGAGUGGGUAAAAAUACUGGAAAAUUACAUUGAUUCAAAAUGGGUCGUGUGGAUCUACUACAACUUAAUUACGAGCGAACUUUUCUUCUUCAUCCUCUCCGUCCUUAUCCUAAUUAUUACUUACCUUUACUGGCAAAUAAUAGAAGGAAGAAAAACGACGGCCAAGCUCUUACGUAAGCAAAUUGUUAAUGAAGGAAAAGAUAAAAUGUUUUUACUUGAAAAACUACGGAUACUACAGAGGAGAACACAGAACCCAUCUGCACCAAGAGGACAAGACCAGCAGAGGAGCUCUUUAUACCACCCAUCCACGCCACCCGCCCAGCAAGAACCAGACUACCCACAAAGGAUGUUUGACAGAAGUCAAAAUGCAUCCUACGAUGAGAAUCCCUAUUCUGCUGGGAUCUCGAGGGGGACUGGCUUCCCGUUUGAUUGGGAGAUGUCCCAGCCGAGCAGCAGCGCAGGGAUGUCUGAAGCAGUGGCACUUGCUCUGCGUGCUAGGCAAGCAGCUCAGCGGGAAGGUUUAAAUGACGACAUGGAUUUUCGACCGUGAGCAGGCACAGUCGGUAAUGGAUGCUGAGGAACCGAUGGAUGUUCUGCAGGAGGCAAUACUGCUUCACACAAAUGACUGAAAGAACCAUUGAUUUUCUUAUUUAUUUUUUUCCUUUCACGUGGCAGAAAAAAUAGAGGCCGCAAAAUGCAUCCUGAUGGCAGGUUUUUAUGCGCCAGGGAAUGUGCUGCACGUUUGGUUUGGUUUUCUAGUGAAAUCCUGGUGCUAGUGAAGCCUUCCAGGCGUUCCCUCAGCACAGCAGGGCUCCCUCCGCAGGCCCUCGGUUGCUGCUGACCAGAUACGAGGAAACUCGCGCCUACCUGUGAAUAAAACCCUCAGGCCAAAGCUUUUUUUAUACCACUUCUUUCGUUCACACAGCAUUUAUUUGAUCUGAGCCAACUGAAUAUUGGUCAAAUGGAGAGAAAAUAAAAUUAAAGCACAGUUAUUUUUAAUGACUGUGAUGUUUUAAUGGCUGCAAACUGA